UGAGGUUUUUUUCAAGUGGGAGGGAAGUUUAGCUGGCUGCACGUUGCGUUUGACGCGUUGACUUCACCGAGCUCCACAGGAAAGUUUAUCAAGUUGAAAGCUUGACAAAGAACACAGGGUUGAAGAAACUGCUCCUCUCUGGCUUCUUAACUAUUAUGGCUGGUAGCACCAUCAAGACUGUGCACGAUAUUUUCCAAAGCAUGGAGUACGGACCAGCAGCAGCGUCCAGCACUGCCACUGCACAGGCCUGGCUGGAUCAUCAUUCUCGUUCUCUGGGUCUGUUUAUCGAUGGCAAGUUCAUCCAUCCAGUAGGCAGACAGAGCUGCUCCCUGACUGAUUCUAAAGGUGGAAAUGUGUGCAGCGUAGUGUGCGCUGUGGAGGAUGAUGUCUCCCAGUGUGCGUCCUCUGCUGUCAGCGGCUACAAAGCCUGGAGUGGACUCACCUGCCACCAGAGGGCCAAAGUGCUGCUCAAGUUAGUGAGCGUUCUCGGCCAGCACGGUCAGUGUGUGUCGGAGCUGUGUGAGGCAUGUGGGGCCUCCUGCUCUCCCUCCACCCUUGUCAGACUGCUGCAGUACUACAGCAGCUGGGCUCAGCUCAGAGACACCCUCAUCAGUAACUGGACUACACUUGGUGUGGUGGCAGUAGUUGUUUCUGAUGACUGCUCCCUAUAUUCCCUUAUGCUCAAAGUCAUACCAGCACUGGCCAUGGGGAACUCUGUCGUCGUUGUCCCUGGUCAGAGCACUGCACCUGCACUGCUGCUGCUCGCACAGCUUUUUAUGGGAGCAGGGCUUCCAGCCGGGGCUCUUAAUGUUUUAACAGGAAGUGACGUGUCACUUGGUGCUAAAGUGGCCCAGAGCCCCAGCAUCAGUUACAUCACCUACAGUGGCAACAAGCAGAGUGGGGUGACUCUCUGUAAGGCCACAGCUGGGAUGAGCGUUCCUGUUUCUUUUUCCCCCUUCAUUGGUGCUACAUGUCCCUUUAUCAUCUUUGAAUCAGCUGACAUUGACAGUGCAGUGGAUGGAGUGAUAGAAACUGCCUUCAAGAAGAAAAGAGAGGUCCACUGGGUGUUGUGCGUUCAGGAGAGUGUACUGGACACUGUUGUGGCCCGUCUCAAGCUGCGCAUGGCAGGGAUGAAGUGUGUGGGCCUGCACAGUGAUGAAGAUAGGGUCCUGGUGGAUGCUGCAGUACUGGUAGCUCAGCAGCAGGGGGCCACGUUGGUUCAGUCCUGCGCUGCACCCCCAACAGGUUCUCAGUACCCCCCAACAGUGCUCUGUGGGUCGGUCCCUUCCUCUCCAUUUGUGAUCAGUCCCUCUCCUGGCCCACUGCUGCCCAUCAUGACCUUCAGAAGCAACACAGAAGCAGUGACCCUGGGAAACCACAGUCCUCAUGGGAAGGCAGCCUCUGUCUGGACUGAAGACCUCACCCUGGCUCUAGAGACAGCUAAGAGUCUGUCAGUCGGCUCAGUUUGGGUGAAUUCUCACUCUGUGUCCGAUCCCUGUCUGUCUGUUUCUGGUCACAAAGACAGCGGGACCUGCACUGACGGAGGACAGGAAGGUCUUUACCAGUUUCUCCGCCCCUCCUCUUCUCCCUCUACUCCUCUCCCUCGCUCAUUCCCUGUCUCUUUGGACUACUCAAAGUUUGGAACCACAGCAUCUCCCACUGUCAUUCCUGAUGACUCGGACCCUGCCAGUGCUCCAAAGCCUUACUUACAGUUUGUGGGGGGUAAGGCAUGUAAAUCAGUGUCUGGCUGCAGUGUGGCUAUACAGUCACCAGGGGGAGGCAGUGUGUUAGCCUACUGUCCAGAUGGGGGCCGAAAAGAUGUCCGUAAUGCUGUGGAGGCUGCUAUCAAAGUCCAGCCAGGCUGGAUGAAAAAGAGCCCUUCUGCACGCGCUCAGUCUCUCUACUCUCUAGCUAAGGGCCUGGAAGCAAAGAGGAAGGACAUAUCUACGUCAAUCAAUGUCCAAACCGGUCUGUCAAUGGAAGAGGCUGAGAAAGAGGUGGAGCUUAGCAUCAUCAGACUUAGUGAUUGGGCAGCCUACUGUGACAAAGUCCAGGGAGGAACUGUGCCUAUGCCACAGUCUGGCUCUGCUCUCUCAUAUGCUGAAGCCUUAGGAGUCUUGGGGGUCAUCCUCCCUGACAAGAAUCCCCUCCUGUCAAUGGUAACACUUCUUGGGGCAGCUGUCGCCACUGGCAAUGCAGUCAUCUUGGUCCCAAGUGAGAAGUACCCACUACCUGCUUUGGCAUUUAUUCAGGUACUCCAGGCUUCAGACCUGCCAGCAGGUUUGGUUAAUGUUAUCUCUGGAAGUAAAGACCAACUGACAGCAGCACUGGCUCAUCACAGCGUCAUCAAGGCCAUCUGGUACUGGGGCAAAGCUGAGGGCUGUCAGUUCCUCCAGUACACCUGCACCAGCCCCCUGAAGACAUUGCGCCUUUUCUGCCAAAAUGACGCUGGAGAAGACGGAGGGAAAGACUGGUGUCAUUCUUUGGUCCUGGAAGAGAUGUGGAGAAAUGCCGUCCAAUGGAAAAGUGUUUGGAUUCCUACAGCAUGAAAGACAGAGGGAGAGAGUAUGCAAAGUGAAAUAUAUAUAAUAAAAUGUAACCUUUGGGGCUUGGAUUUAAAUGGAAGGAUUGUUUAAAAAAUUAGAUGUUAGUUAAAUUACCGUUAAAGUAAGAACACCACCACCCUCCUUAAUAACUGCUGCAACACAUGCCAACUUACUUUACUUGCAUUAGCAGUUUACAACUUUGUGACUUUGCUCUUCAAAGGUGCUAUAUAAAUACAUUUUACAUACUAACUUACUUUCAUACAGCGGGGAAACUGAACAGUGUGGACCUUCUAGUUGUGAAUUUAGAUUUUUUUAAAGCACAGUUACUACUAUAAAUGAUUUGGUUAACCAGACAUGCUAACUAUUGGUUUUGUUUUUUAGGUGGUAAUUAUUUCUUGAGGCAGUUGUUUCAACAUCUUAUGGCCAAUAAUUUUUAUACACAAGAAAUCAAACAUUAGUGAAACCUAAGGUCUCAGGUAAUGCGAAAGGGCUAGCAGAAACAAAACAAACCUGAAAAUCAAAAUCAAAGACGAAUUGUAAAUGUAAAACCCUCAGCUUUCAAAUGUGUUGGUGUGCUCCAAUAUUGAUACAAAUAUUUUAAAAACAUGCAACCUUAAAAUUAAGAUAAAAUAGUGACUAAUUUAAAUGUAUUUAAAUUUGAAGUUUCCACAAAAAGAUUCAAAUGCUCCCAGAAAUCAUGAAGUCCUGCCCAAAAAAAAGGUGAAUGUCUUAUUUGGUUAUAACAUGAUUUUUUAGAAAGGUCUGCUUGUGAGCAGACCGACUUAAUACAGAGGUUAUGGCAAAAGAAGCUACAGUGACUCAAUCUGGGUUUCAAACACAUUUACAAAAAGCACUUAAACAGGCACUGAAUUAGAAAGGGUUUAUAUUAAACUCCUUUUAUGAGGGUCAUAUGUCUACAGUAUUGCUGAAGCAUUAACCUGUGACUAUUGCUUUAAUUGUGAACAUCUACAAUGGGGUGAUUUAAAUGACAUAUUCCUCCAUUCCAAUAAAGACAGCCAGUGUCGGUCAUUCCUCUCAGUAAAAAGUCCACCUGACAUUUGCUCUGCUGUUUGUGCAAUCAUAAACACAUGACCUGAUAACCUUCUACCUCUUCUUCUUCAAUCAUGUUGUUUUUCAUACACGCCACACCUCUGGUUUAUUUCUACUUUUCUGACUUUUCAGGCAGAUUUGAAGAUAGCAGAACCCUGGUUGAGAGAAUAUUUAAAGGGACUCGAGAUUUUGAAGUACAUUAGAUUAUAAUAGAGACUUGUUUAUUUCAUUACAGUGUCUCAGUUGAAGUAGUAAUUUGACUUCAAAUAUAUCUCUUUUUUUCAGUCUACCACUUAAAACCUCACACGUCUUAAAGGUUCUGUUGAUGACUGAGCAAAAGUCUCUCGAUCAUGGUUUGACUCAAUCUAAACAUUCUGUACUGUUUAUCAUUAAUACUGUAUAAUCAUUCUGUUUUAAGCCAUGAAAGUGCCCGUGCAGCAAACAUUCCCUGUAAAAUGUUGUGUGUUUCCAUGUCCAAAUUCACAUUGUAGAAAAAUAUGUUUCAUGCAGAUCUGUUCAUGUGCUUGUAAGCCCUGUUUCACUGAAUGCAAUCCAUAAAAGAAGAUCAUAUUUAAUGGA